GGCGACUCCUCUGCACUGCUGCUCGUCCUCAAGUGCAUCCCAGAGGUUCUCAAUGGCGGCUGAAAACAAGCCCGCCUCCAAUAACAACAGCAGCAAAGGCAAAAAGAGGAAAUUUUUGCCCCACGGCAAAGUUGUUAGGAAGGGGUUGUAUCCUCUUCGGCCAGGGGUGCAGGGUUUCUUCAUCACUUGUGAUGGCGGAAGGGAGCGACAAGCCGCAAACGAAGCCCUAAAUCUCCUCGAAUCGUUUUACGAGGAGCUAGUUCAUGGGUCGGAUUCUGGUUCUAAGAGCAAAACAAUUCCCAAUAAACCAUUAAACAAGAUAAUUAAAUUUGAAGAUUCUGAUUCUUCUAGUGAUGAAGAUGAAUCUCUUGCAAAAGACGAAGUCCAAGAUCACGAAGAAGAGAGUAAGAGACCCAUUGAAAAUAAGAACGGAAAGUUGGAGGACGACUCUCCUCAAAGGGAGGAUAAUCAAGAUGAGAAACAAGCACAAAAGAAUGAUUCAAUACCUGCGAAGAGGCAACGCCUUGAAAAUGAUCCACCGACAUGUGAAAAUGUCGACUUGGUUGUUACGAAGAAUAAGCCCAUUGAUGAACUAAUUGAAGAUGAGCUUAGAGAGUUAGGCGACAGGAGCAAGAGACAUUUUGUCAGCCUUGAUUCUGGUUGUAAUGGCUGCAUCUUCGUUCAAAUGCAUAGAAGGCCUGGAGAUCCCGGUCCAGUUGCCAUCGCACAUAAAAUGAUAAGUUCAGCUGCAGUUACAAAAAAACACAUGUCUAGAUUUAUUCUGAGAGUUCUGCCAGCCGAAGUAACAUGCUAUGCAUCGGAAGAGGAAAUUUCAAAGUCAAUAAAACCAUUAAUUGAGCAAUACUUCCCUCUUGAUACUUCUUCUCCCCUGAAGUUUGCAGUAUUGUACGAAGCACGUUCAAAUACGGGCAUUGAGAGGAUGAGCAUCAUAAAUGCUGUGGCGAAAUCUGUUCCUUCGCCGCAUACUGUGGAUCUUAACAAGCCAGAUAAAACCAUUAUAGUUCAAAUUGCCAAGACAAUCUGCAUGAUUGGAGUGGUUGAGAAGUAUAAAGAACUUGCCAAAUACAACUUGAGGCAACUAACAUCACCACAAAAUUAAGUCUUUAAUUAUUAUGAGGGCUUCUACAGCUUCUCUUCAUUUUUUGGGGAUCCAGUUUAGGUGUUUUCAUCAUAUAUUUGAGCUAUAAUUAUGUUGCAAUGGCCUUCCAAAUAAUACUCUCUGAA